AGAGAGAGAAAGAAAGUGAGACAAAGAGAGAGACACACAGCACAGUGAAAGAGAGAUGGGGAAACGAUUUUAGUGUUUGUGGUGAAAGGAUAGGAGAGACGAUGUCUGUGAGAGUGGGAAAGAGAGAGGAAAAGGGGGAUGGUUGUGUGUCUGUGUGUACUUCCUAUUAUUUAAUCUGUCAUAACACAUCAGUGUGUAAAAAAAGUAUACAGUAUUUUUGCUUGUACACCAUGCAGCAGUGUGUGUGUGUUUGUGUGUGUAUAUAUGUAUUUGUGUGUGUGCAGGUUUGCAUCCUCUUGCAGCAGCAGAUGGCGUCUAUGGAGGGCACGUGGAUGGAACACCACACUGUGAAAUCAGUUCAGUUGGAUGAACACAGUGGAUCUAAAAGCCGUUGUGUGUGAGAGUGUUGUGUGGAUGUGAGUGUUGUGUGGAUGUGAGUGUUGUGUGGAUGUGAGUGUUGUGUGGAUGUGAGUGUUGUGUGUGGGUGGGCUGCAAUGGAGCCACAAUAGCAGCACCACUAUUUUUAAAUCAGUGUGAGCUCCGUUUUCCAGCUCCAGUAAGCAAAGAUAAGCCCGCAGUCCAGAUCUGCUGCUUCCUAAUCUGGCUAUUAUUACUGGUGCUGUGGAGUGCUCUAUGAAUCUUUCAUGACUCAGAACUAGAGCCACAAGCCAAGCACGCUCUGACUGAGUCAACAACAACAACAACAACAUCAUUAUGAUCUAAUUUUGUGACAAACCCUUUUGGGCUUUCUGAUUUAUAGCUGCACAAAAAUCGAGUGAUGUCAGGAAGAGUGAUGCACAAAGAAUGCCUUUUGUCUUUGAUAAAUAUUCAUAAAGAUACCACAGAAGGUAUGUAUUAAGCAUUUUAAGAUUUUCUUUGCUAUACUGUGACAUGCCAAAUGUCUUAGCACAAAGAACUAGCAUCGCUAUGUAUAAUGGAGGCUAAAGAAUGCCUCACUGACCUGCAGGAUAUGUACAUGGGGCAACUCUAGCCAGACAAUUCUUGACACUUCUAGCCAGAUACUGAUGGUCAUAAUGAUGCAGUUCAUAAACAAGUUGAGAAAUGUAUUGUCCCAUUUAUCUGGCACUCAUUAUCACUAUCACUUCCCAAUAUUAGCACUAUUACCUACAGAGCCUCCAAGGUAAGAUCCUGUAUACAUAAAAAUGACAACAAUUUAUUAAAGCAAGAUACUAAUGCACAGCCAUCAAGUCUCAUUCUCACUCCCUAAUAAAUAGUGGGCUGAGAACAAGAUAUUUAUGUGUGGUUCGUGCUGGUCGGUAUUUAGCCCCACUCACAAGAUAACGCCUUAUACAGAUAACAAAUUAUACAGGUGUGGGUGUUCCCAAGCCAUUCCCUGGGGUAACACAUUGUAGUCUAUAUAAUGCAUGUCAGUGCAUAAAAAUGCUUAGGUGUGGCAAUAGAAACCUAUUUACUUCCCUGUUAUUAUGCCUAAUAAUGAAAUAUUCUUUUCCUAUAGUGGGCUUGUGAGAAAAAAAAACGAGCUUUGCUCAAACUAUGAGUGUUUGUCACUUCCAUGAACUGAACUGUUUUAAUUAAGCUAUGCCAAGAAAAAUAAUGGUUUGACAUUAAAGGGCACCUUUAAAAGUAUUUGAGCAAAAUGAAUUAUUAAAAAAACUGUUCAAAAGUUAUUAUUAUUUUUUUUUUAUUCUUUCUUUCUCUUUUAAUUGGGACAUUUCUUUUACAAUAAAACUGGCUAUGUGCUUUGUUUGUUUUGCUUAAUUCAUGAAGGCAAAUAAUUAUGUCAAAUAAUUGACAGGAGUAGGGGAAAUAACUGAAAUUAUAAUAUAUGGUUAUUUACUGAAAGCACUCAAAUGACAGCCUAAAAUAUUUAAGCAGUUAUUGUAUAUUGUACAACCUCAAUCUGAACACUAGGCACAAACAAAUCCUUUAUUAAUACUAAAGUCAAACGUUUAGUCUGUAGAAUUUUCUGGAUGUUCUUACAACUUAACAUUUUGGUUACGUUGCUGUAACAUCACUUGUGUCAGUGGUUUAAUUUUUAGUUCUGGGAAUGUUACUUCUAAUAUUUCCAUAAUGCAAACCCUUUUUAUGUAAAAUAUUUUCAGAACCUUUCUGGAACAUUAUUUCUGUAAUGUUACAGGCUAACUUUCCUGGAACCUUCUCAAAACGUUGCUAAACAUUAUUAUAACAUUCUCAGUUCUCUGGGUUAUACUGCGACCAAAAUGAGCCACUGCAGGACUGCACAUGUGGAGGAAUUACUGCCUACCUGCUGUUGUUGUUAUUUUUAGCUUAAACCAUGUACUCUGGUAUUUAAUCAUGCAAACAUAUAAUGUCCUCAGUCCGCACUGCCAUGAGCGUCAGACAAUCAUACAGUGAUCAGUUCAGUAACCCUCUUAUACCAGCCACGAUCCUCUUAAACUCUCUCACUCGUACAUUACAGUGUGUGCUGUUUAAGUACUGCUCAGCCAGCUGAAGCUCUGUAAAGAGGAUUAUACAGACUGGAGGAUCUUCCCUGGCUUUUAAAGAUACCCACAGUCUCAGUAUUAUCAUAAGUCUCCAAAAAAGUGGUUGGAGAGGCCAAGCCUUUUCUGGUGAGAAGAGAUUUGAUAUACUUGGAUUCUUGUGAUAUUUUGCUUGGGUAAUAGUUGAAGUAGUGCAGGAGUCUCAAUAUUUAUGGACAUUACUGUACAGUGCAAUUCAAAAGUUUGUGGACACCCCUUCUAAUGAAUGCAUCAAGCUAUUACAGCGCAUGUACAGUGGACAUUCAUAGCUUGUAGGCUUGAGAGACAUAAAGCAGACAAAAGUUGGAAAAACUCUUUGUAAUACCCUUGAUUUUGAAAGAAACAAUGAGCAGGUGUCUCAAUAUUUUUAUCCUGUUAGUGUAAGAGGACAGACUGAGACAGUUUCAUUAUGUGUUCACCUUAUUACAUAAUUCUUAAUUUUUGUUGGCUCACAAUAUAAUGUAAUAAUCAGCACAUCCCAUUAUGACAGACUCCCUGGACAAGUAUAAAUAUCUGUGGUUAUUCAUUGAAAGGGCUAAAAUGAAAGCUUAGACAUUUUUUUAAAGAAUUUAUUGUAUAUAAAUAAUUUAGCAGAAACAACUAGGAUCUGAACGCUAUUUGCUAGGUAUAUAAUAGGUGCUAGGUAUAUCAUACAAUAAACAGCACAUCCCAAGAUGACAGACUUCUUCUUUACGUUUGAAUAUAUUCAUAUUUGCAUGAAAACAGCCAAAUGAAUGAUAUAAAUGUUGAAUUAAAAAAAAAACUUUUUGAAACUUCAAGUAAUAAUAAUAAUAAUAAUAAUAAUAAUAAUAAGUUUUAAUUAUUUGAAACAUUUGUACAUUUAUUUGUACAUAAAAGUAAUGAUUAACAGUUCUCUAUAUUUGUUAUAAUGUGUUCAGUCAGAGUAAAUAAAACGUAUUUUGUUAUAGAGAGUUUGUAUAAAAUUUAAAAGGCAUGUUUUGUUGGUGUUGACCAUUUUACACAAAUGGCAACUGAUCAUUUCAAUUUUCCUUCAGCAGAGGGCGACAACGUUUAGCAACGAACAAAACAGGUGGCGAUGAGGCGGACUGCAUCCAUGGCAGGGCAGUCCUGGUUGGAGUCUUCACUGCAGCGCUCAUCCAAACUUGGGCUUGAGGUGUUGGAAAGAGCCAAAAGACGGUCUGUAGACUGGCCAAGUGUGAGACGGCCCAACCGGAAGCACAAUGCCAAAGAGAAACACGCUGAGGUUCAGGAGGAGCUCUGUGUCCAUGAAGGCUUGGAUCUGGACCGUGCUUUUUCCAGAAUAGUGCAGCACAUGUCAGAAACUACCCAUCAGUGCAAGAAUUUUUACAAAUCUUCAAGUGCAGCAAAGGUCAGCGAGCAGGAGAAAAGCCAUGUGUGCCGUUUUCACUCUCAGCAGUCGCCUUCAGGUCAACACCGGCCAACAAAUUCGACCUUCAGGAAAGCUCAGUACACUGGUCUUUCUGAACCUGAGGAUUUCCUGAUUGAAGUGUCUCCAGGCACUUAUUCCGUCACAGCAGCAAUGCAGGAUGCAAGUCCACAGACAAGAGUCGUCCACAUCAGUGCAGGGGAGAGCAAGAGUCUCACAUUUGAUCUCUGACCUCUUGAUUAUCAUCAGGGUUUAGCACCACUUCAUUCCAGAUCAACAUGUCUGAAAAGUGAAGUGACUAGCCAGUCUAUAUAAAGCACUGAUUGCACUAAAAUUGCAUUGAGAUUGA